CACUACCUUUUGAUUUGUUGUCAGGGAGUUUAUGGGGAUAACGGGUCUCUAGUUUAUCACCAUGGGUAUGGAUAUGCUCCCUAUGGCCCCUAUUCGCCAGCAGGGUCUCCAGUUCCAACCAUGGGUAAUGAUGGUCAGUUGUACGGGCCUCAACAUUAUUAGUAUCCUCCCUAUUUUCAACCGUUAACACCAACAAGUGCGCCAUUCACACCUACUCCUGCUGUCCUUCCUCAGGGUGAGGUUUCGACCUCAGUUGCUGCUGAUCAAAAGACUCUCCCUGUUGAAGCAGCCAAUGGAAAUUCUAAUGGUGUAGCAAACGGUGGCAAUGCUAAAGGUAAUAAUUCUGUUGCUCCUGUUAAACAGGCCAAUCAGAAUUCAUCUUAUAGUUCCAAAGCUUCAAAUGAAAGGGUUGCUAUGCCAGGUCGUGGUCCAACUUCAGGUUAUCAGGAUCCAAGAUUUGGUUUUGAUGGAGUUCGAUCAUCAAUCCCAUGGCUAGACGCCCCACUAUAUUCAGAUGGGCAGCCAAGGCCUGUGAGUAGCACAGCUAUCACUCCCUCAAUAUCAGUUGGCAACAACACUGCUUCAAGGAACCAGACUUUUCGUCCAAAUUCUCAAUUUAUGGGCUUCAACAUCCGAGACCAAUGCCUGCCAUGGCCAUGCUGAUAUUUUGUAAUCAC